GUAUAAUUGAAUGAUAAGGGUGCAAAAGAGGCAUGGUUGCUGAGUUCCAAACAUUUUGGUUCUCUCAUUUCGUUGCAGCUGAUUUUCUUUUAAAAUGAAGUUGAUGAUUUAUCAGUAGCAUUUACUUUAGUCUUAGGUAGGUGAAUUUCUAAUGCUUGUAGAUCUCUCCUGCUUUGCAGCAUAUUGGCAAUUAUUUAUAUUUCUAAAUGGAACCAGUUAUUGAAAGUCUUUAUCUUCUUCCAAUACGAGCUCCUUGUAGAACAUCUACACAGUUCUUAAUUAAGGCAUAUGGUGGAGCAAUUAUUAGGGCAUAUCAGUCUGUAGGAUUGUUAAGUUGUUAUGUUGAAUUAUUAGAUGCGAUUUUGUGCACCUUUGCUUUUCUUUGAAAAUGAUAAUUGAGUAUUUAUAUUAAAAAGCACCUUAGGCUUUAGGAAAAUUGAAAUUAUAAGUUCUAAUUAAUAAAGGAUAGAAUUUUCCUCCAAAUUGGGUUGGAGGAAACUUCCUUUCUUUUUUUAUUGGCACCGGGUGUCCAGGAACAAUGUCCCGACUAAUCCCAAGGGUGCACAAGCUCUUGACAAGGAGUUUUCCGCAAGUGUAUCUCGGGUAAUUCAAUGAUAAAAUCCCCUAGUGCGACGGCCCUUAUAGAUUGUUUGCACCCAAGGGGAUUUGAACCUUAGACCUAGGGGGAGCAUACCCUCAAGCCCAAGGCUUUUACCACUUGAGUGAACCCCUAGGGGUUUGGAGGAAACUUCCUCCAACCCAUCUAUGAAAAUGACGUGUCAAUUAAGAAUGCAAGAAGCACAUGUUUUUUAAUGAAGGGUCUUAAAAAGGCAUGUGCUUCUCACAUGCUCAAAAGACAUCAAUUUUUAAAUGGGUUGGAGGUAAACUUUGUCCAUUAAUAAAUAUGCUGUCUCAGAAAAAAGAAGUAAUUUUUUUUUAUCAUUGGGUGUAUUCGACCUUUCCUAUUUCUCUUCUAAUAGUGAUUGAGAAGAACCAGAGACUUACCAUGCUCUAACAAUUAGAAAAGCUUAGCUACUAUGCUGGAGGUUUAGGCUUUCUUUUAUGUAGGAAAUCUAUAAUUUGGAGAUUCUAGCUUUGAUAUUGUUUCUGUGGUUAAAAAACUAGCCUACUGAGGUCCUUGUGUGGGUACACCUAUAAUUUUGGCAAAAUUAACCUAUUAUGCUGCAGUUGUUUCAAUGUAAAAUGGGGAAUACUAGAAAAUAUUUACAUCUGAAAAUGUUCUGUGAGAAAACUAUUAAUUUCCUAUGUUUGGCUGACACACUGAAAAUGAUUCUGAAAGCAAUUUGUGGUGUGCGACUAACAACCAAAACAUGUUCUUGAAAAUGAUGUGUUUUUUUUCUCGCAUCGAAAAACCACGAAUAGUUUAUGUAACUUCAUAUAAGAAAAUUUAUUAAUAGAAAUAUACUAUUGAAUACGUGGAAAAUCAGUAGAAUUUUUAUCUCUUAUUUUUUUUUGAAAAAAUAUCUUAAAAUAGUUGAAGCUUGGCAGACCACAUCUUCUAGAUAGACUUCAUAUAGAUUGGAUUUAUUUAUUUCUUUCUUUUGAAAGCCUAGUGGCUAAUCUUUUUCUUCAUGCCCGUUCAUGCUUUGUUGACCUUGUAUAUAUAUAUAAAUAUACAUAUAUAUAUAUAUAUAUAAAUAUACAUAUAUAUCGAUGAAUCAAAAUUCAUAGGGUCUUAUUUCUGUUUAUCGCUCCUAGCAGAUACUUGCUAUUAGUGAAACAAUUAGUAUUGUCAGUUACUUCUUUUCAUUAUUUUACAAUUUUAACUAUGUGUAGCACUGUGAGUCUUUGCACUUCUUGGAGUCUCUAGCGUAAAGGAAUCAGGUGGAAGAAGACGAAUACCUUUUGGAUUUUUCCAGCCAAAACCUUGCUCCUGGAUUGCCUUCACAGAAGAGUUUAGAGUCUAGAGUACUUUGUGAAGAAAAACUGGUAGUGUGGAGUCCCAUACACAUACGCAUAGAAAAACACUGGGAAAAUAACUUACUCUCCUAAAAGAGGGUAAGUUAAUUUAUGCCUGAACCCACUUAUUUCAAUUGACCAACUUUUAGCUUUUCUUUUGACCAAUGUUUCCAGCCCCCUCAAGCACAACUCUAGAAAAUAUUUUCAUCCAACACAUCCUAAAUUGGUAUGACUUGUCCUUUUGGAUGUCUCAAAGUUUCCAGAAUGAGCUACAUUUAAUUCUGGCUAACAAGUGUCAGCGAAUGCCGUUGGUGGAUUGAAACUUGGGUUGUGAUUAAGAUGAUGGAAAUCACUUCUAGUUUUUUGGUAUGGUUUGUUCACUCCUUAUUUUCCUUUUUUCUUUUUUAUUUUUUUUUCCUUUUUUGUGAGUAAUUCCUUGUCCUUGUUUCUAUGCUAUAAGUCUAAGCCUUGACCCUAUUAUUGCUUAAAAUUCCAGUGUAUGCAGUUGUUCAAGAUGCGAUUACUUGUGCUCUACUUUCCAGAAAUUAGUUACGGAUGCACAUCUGGAAAUGUGAUUCCCUUCGAUUUUGGACUAUUAAUGCUGAUUAUUUGUGGCAUGUGCCAUUCUUCUUAUGGCUGGUAACACAUGCACGGAUAAAAUGUUUGUGUCCGACUGUAUAUUAUCCUUCUUGUGUUUGUUCUAUACGUAGUGUUUAUGGUGGGUAUGUCUGUGCUGAUUAUUGCUAUUAUUAUUUAUAUAUUAUUAUUUUUUUUAAUCACGUUUUGUAGUUUUUUUUAGAAACAUUUGCUAUGCAGGGUCGAUCAUGCAUUUUAAACCUACAGCCACUUAAUUCAUGGACUCUGUUAAAGCCCGUGGGCAGGUUUACUAUAUAUUAGCUGCCAUCCAGUACACGAACAUGGGUUGGGGAGGGUUAGGGAGGAGUGAGGGUAUAUGGCAAGGUUUAUUUUGUAAAUGGGGAAAGUUAGCAAGGUACGACGAAAGACUUACUCCUGCCAUCACCAGGCUACCCUGCAUCCAUUCCCAUCUUGCUCUCGGAACCAUUUUACAGAUGUUAUCCUUAAGAAGAGCCGUUCAAAGGCAUCAGAGAAGAAAGAUUGGAAACAUGCAACCUGCUCAGUUUGUUUGGAGUACCCUCACAAUGCUGUCCUCCUACUCUGUUCCUCUUAUGACAAGGGUUGCCGCCCUUAUAUGUGUUCUACUAGCCAUCGCUAUUCCAACUGUCUUGAGCAAUACAAGAAAGCCUACACAAAGAUAACUCCAGUUCAAAGUUCUCAACAUUCAAGUGGGAUGAUGGAAAGCUCAAGUUCUGGUCUGGGCCAUUGCAACAAAAAGAUCGAAGUGUCAGAGCUUUUGUGCCCUUUAUGUCGUGGGCAAGUGAAGGGUUGGACUGUGGUUGAGCCAGCAAGAAAGUAUCUGAAUGCAAAGAAGAGAGCCUGCAUGCAGAAUGAUUGUUCAUUUGUUGGAAGUUAUAAGGAACUCAGAAAACAUGUUAGGGCAAAGCACCCAUUAGCAUGCCCAAGGGCAGUGGAUCCUCUUCUUGAAGAAAAAUGGAAGAGACUUGAGUGUGAGAGGGAGCAAAACGAUGUGAUCAGCACAAUUAUUUCAUCAACACCUGGGGCUAUGGUGCUGGGGGAUUAUGUGAUAGAGCCCAACUACGGUGGCAGUUAUAGUGAUUAUGAUUCUGAUUUGGAUGACUAUUCGGAUGACUAUUCAGAUGACUCUUUUUUCCCCCUUGCGUCAUUAAAUCAUGGACAGAAUCGUGGCAUUUCUUCGCAGAGUAGAUAUAACAGGGACCGUGAGUUUGUCAACUAUUUUGGGAGACGUCGUGCUACUGCUUUUCGUUCUGAUGCUUCAUAUGGACGAAGUUCAAUGCAACAACCAUAUGUUGACUUUUUAGGGAGGCCCCGUGCUGCUGCUUUUCGUUCUGAUCCUUCGUAUGGACGUAGUUUCCUGGUUGCACGGUCAAGGAGGCAAUGGAGGCAUUGAAGAGCAAACUGUCUGUUACAAUACAGAGAAGUGGUGGUGAGAACUGGAUUCAACUCUUCAAUAGUUUGGUUUGUAUAUUCAUAAGCAAUUGGUGCUACAUGGUGCCUGUGUAUUGGUGUGCUAGAGCACUGUCCUCAUAUCAUCUAUGAGAGUGGCAGUUUAUGCAACUAUUUGGUUUAGUAGGUGACGGGUAGCUAGUUUCAGCACACUGCAGGGGUUAGGUUAGGAAACAAUUGUAGGAGGCGCCAUUGCCUCUUGAUUUUUAGUUGUCUAGAAAAGAAGCAAAACAUUUUAGCUAAGUCCCUUGUAGUUGUGCGAAUUUGCCAUCAUUAUUUAGCAAUGCAUAUUGGCCAUUUGAGUACAGGGUGAUAAUGGCUAAAAGAAAAGACUUCUAUCAGAUGUUUUUUAGCUUUAAAUUUGUUCUGUCAUUGUGUCCAUGAUGCUCCACGUGGUAAGCAUUCCCAACAGCUUGACUCCGUGUAAAAAACUUGUUUAUUUCCCCUUUCCUAUAGAUUAUUAUUCUUAUGUGGA